AUGCUGCGCCACGGCCUCAUUGCGAUUCAUGAGUGGCAUACUUUGAGUGAGAACCAGGUCCAUGCCAUGGUGGAGUGGCAGGGAGCCUUGCCAGAAAAGCAAGCAAUCCGGCUUCAUCUGUCCUUGAACUAUUUCAUUGGCUCCUUCGUGCCUUUCUACCUGCAAGAAGGACCAGGGACCUACCGAAACAAGUUCUCGGUUUUUGAGAGCAAGAAUCAAGGCAUUGCAGCGCUGGUCGAGCAUGCGGGGAACCUGCCAAAUGGGUCACGAGUGCUCACUUUGAUCCAGGACAAAGAGAAAGUCAUCAUUCAGGCCAUGAGCGGACAGCACGUGGGUGAUGUGAAAUACAAACGUGAUGAACAGGUGAUGGAUUUGCUGUCGAGAUGCUUGUUCCAGCAUGACCAACAUUGCCCUUUUGCAUACCAGCUGCGGUUUGUGGUCAAGGACGUGUCCAUCACAGAAGCCAUGUGGAAGAGUCCAGCGUUCCAGCUUUUCUCCGGCAACCCCAAUGAUGCUGCGCCGAAGGCCCGUGCUCAGCCCGCGCGAAAGAAGGUUCAAAAGCCUGCGCCAAAGCGUGGCGCUGUCAAGAAGAAACCAAAUAGAAAGUGA